CACACAGAUUCAUCCCUCUUUGGGUCUCCUCUCGUCACACUUCGCAAUUGUUUCGUCAGGACAUCCCGGCGGCAGAUAAAACCCUCCUCCGAUUAUCUCUCCGAUCAAUAUAUCAACAGUCUCUCACUGUGUCAGAAUCUGAAUCUUCCAAAUGGCAGAAGGGUCAAAAGAAUCAACUUCAAGUACUGUUAGUCAACAUGAUAUUAUUGUCGAAGAUACCGAAGACAGCGUCAAAUCCCCUCCAAAUUCUCCCAAUUCUUCCACGCGGAAGGCUUGUUAUGCUGUGCUUCAGAGUUGGGUUUCAAAGAAAUUCAUGACCGGAUGUGUUGUCCUGUUUCCUGUGGCUGUGACCUUCUUUGUGACAUGGUGGAUUGUACAGUUUUUUGAUGGUUUCUUCAGUCCAAUCUAUGAAAGACUUGGGGUGGAAAUAUUUGGUCUUGGGUUCCUUACAUCAUUGAUCUUUAUAUUCUUUGUGGGUAUCUUUGCUUCAUCAUGGAUGGGUGCUACUGUGUUCUGGGUUGGAGAGUGGUUUAUAAAGCGGAUGCCCUUUGUAAAACACAUUUACUCUGCUUCCAAACAGAUUAGUGCUGCUAUUUCUCCAGACCAGAACACAACUGCAUUUAAGGAGGUUGCCAUCAUUCGUCAUCCUCGUCUUGGGGAAUAUGCUUUUGGUUUCAUUACAUCAUCAGUUGUUCUUCAGAGGGAAAAUGGAGAUGAAGAGUUGUGUAGUGUUUAUGUCCCAACAAACCAUCUCUACAUUGGUGACGUAUUUCUGGUCAACUCUGAAGAGAUCAUAAGACCAAAUUUGUCUAUCCGAGAAGGCAUUGAGAUUAUUGUUUCGGUGGGUAUGUCAAUGCCACAAUCUAUAUCUCCUAUAGAGAGGGUCCCACAUGCAAACAAUAGGAUCCCGCUAAACAGUAUGAUGUAGAACCUGAGCUUGUUUGUAUCCAUCUAUAUUUUCAACACUUACUAUUAUUAUUAUUAUUUUUUUUAAAAUAUUUUUGUUUGAAUCAAAUGAGAGGUUCGUUUGUAUUCUUGUAUUCAUCACAUAUUUUAGUAGCAACAUGUGUGUAGUCGCAUA